CCUCGACAGUAGAAAAUGUUCCUACUUUCGGUUUGGGUUUUCUGCACGAUCUUAGUGUCUCAAAUGAUUAUGGCCGAACAUUCUAUAGAUAGCCUCAAAACUAGAACAUUGGAAAUUGAUUUACCAGUCCUGGAAUCUUGCAAAGAUGCGACGAACGACUCAUCAAGGACAAUAGUCGUUCUGGCGAGUGGACUAGAGGUGAUGUGCGACACCGAAACAGAGGGGGGAGGCUGGACGAUGAUCCAGAGAAGAUUUAACGGACACUUGGAUUUCUAUCGGGGGUGGGAGGAGUACAAGUUCGGGUUUGGAGAUUUGGAUAAAGGUGAGUUUUACCUGGGCAACGAGAAAAUCCACCAGUUGACGAUAUCCAGAAGACACGAAUUGAGGAUCGACUUCACAUAUAGGCAAAAAUACUACGCGAAAUAUGCCAAGUUUCAGGUGUAUUCAGAGUUAGAAGGUUACAGACUUAACAUCAGCGGUUACACAGGCAAUGCUGGGGAUGCUCUUACUGAACAUCACAACAAUCAAAAGUUUAGGACAUUCGACAGAGACACAAAAUUAAAUUGCGCCAAGCGUUUCCACGGAGGCUGGUGGUAUAAUGACUGUCAUUUUGCCAAUCUGAACGGACUUUGGAGAAAUGUCGUGUUCGGCAAGGGUCUCAAUUGGUAUCCUACGACAGGUUUUUACAACUCGGCUACAUUCACGGAAAUGAAAAUAAGGCAGAUUUAA